GCGGUCACAUGGUUGACUCUGGCCAAUCAGGGCUCAGCCUGUUUAAGGGAUGACAACAAAACACAGAUGCACUGAGUGGGACGAUUUGUGCUGCGUAUUUGUCGUGGCUCUUCUCUCACAUAGUUAAUUAAAUACUUUACAGUACGUUUACCUUUAAAUAUAAAGUGUUUCGACUAAUAUUUAAUUCAAUGUUUGGCUCCGUCAUUAGAAGAAAUAAGAGUACCCGCAGGCUAACGUUAGCUCUAACGUCCGCUGUGUCUAUCCGUUCGUUUUCAGACGACACAGACGUUAGCUUGUUUAUGUGUCACCGCUGGAUGCAGGUGUCAUUUUUCAAUCAUUUAACCAGCUGCUAACUCCUCAAAGAGACUGUCCUGAGAGGGCGAAGAAGAGUCGGGUCCGGAGUCUGAAGACUGAGGUGGAUGCUCUAACAUGCUAGGACCAUGUUCAAGAAUGUGUUCGGCUCAGGGUUUCUGGUGAGAACAGCUCAUGUGAUUCUAACAUGGGUCGUUACGCUCAUACUCUUCCUACAUGAUACAGGUAAGGCUAUAACAAUUGAAGCUAUCACUUUAUAAUGCUGUAUACAGGUGUAACAUAUAUAAUUACAGCAGCAUUAACAGAACCUUUACAGAUGUGUGAGCUUCCUGUGCCAUGGACUCUAAGUCCAUGGCACAUACCUUUAUGGUCGCUCUACUGAGUGGAGGAUGUAGUGUACGUUGUUUCAUGAUUUCCAAAAAGUAUGUUGAAUUUUGAUUGAUGUGUAAACUUUAUUAUAAUUAAAUAAAAGAUACCUAUAUCAAGUGCCUGUAUCAGGUAAAAAUGUAUAAUUACAUCAAUAACAAUAGAAUAGCCUCCAAUAUUUCCAAAAAGAAUGUCAAAUUUGAGUAUCCAUUCAACGGGACAUUUCCACUUCCCUUCAGUCCAUCCUAAAAGGGCUAAGGUCCAGAGAUCAGGAAUCACCAAGGAUCCUGGAUUUGAACAUUGCACUGGGUGGUCCCUCUUGUUUUUAAAGCAGAGGAGGCAUCAUCCAUGAUUUCCAAAAAGACUGUUAAAUUUUAGUUCAUCAGACAAGUUACAUAGUGCCUCAUUAAAGCGGCAAAAUAAGACGAACAGGCCAUACAGUCAUGAAUAAUUAAAGCAAUCAUCAAGAAAAAUGAUGUGACCAUGAUUUCCAAAAAGACUGUCAAAUUUCACUCUUAUAUUAAUUUCUUUUUGCAGGUUUUUAGUUUGAACCCAUCAUGAUUAACUGUUCAUAGACAAUGGGGGUACUUGCUUUUGAAUUUUGGGAUGCACCAUUUCUGUUCGCUCCACCAUAACUGGGCUAAUGCCAAGACAAGUCGUCAACAUUUCUAUAUCAUAUUUUGAUCUGUGGUUUAGCAAAAGUGACCUGGUGUAUUAAUGUCCUGACUGAUCCUGAGAAUCUUUUAUUGUUACUAGCGUGAAACAUUUCCUUUAUUAUGUUUUGCUUGUAGAGCUGAGGAAGCAGGAAGAGACAGGGCAGCUGGUCCAGCCCGUUCUCUUUGUCCUGCUGGUGCUGGUGUCGGUGUUGCUCUAUUUUGCUGUCUCCCUGAUGGAUCCAGGAUUUAUCCUCUCUGAUGACAGCGAUUUACAGGUGAGGACUGAUCUUAAAUCACUCAAAAACACUUGGUCUGAGUUAUUCAAGAGUUUAGAAAAAGCUACAGGAGUGCACUUAUACAGGCUCACUAGGAGAGCAGAGUAAAUGACACCUGGGAUUAUUGUGUUUUGGGAUGCUGAAUAUAAAGGAGUCUAGAAAUAUUGUCAUUCGUUGCAACCAUUUUCCUGACCCAAACAAAAAUAUGAUGUUUGGCUUUUUUGUCCCUGGCAUUUCCUUUUAAUCAUCCUUUAGAAACAUACAAAAAUGCUUCCUGGUGUCACCUUUGUGUCACUGCUUUGCUGUGGCAUUGCAGAUGUGUUGCUGUGUAGUUGUUGCAGCUUUGUGCCAUAGUCUUUACAUUUCUAAACAACAGAGAAGAAUGUGUGGGAUUCAGAGUUUGUGUCUAUGUAAUUUCAGUAAUGUUUGAUGAAUUUGUAGACAGAUACUUCACACUUCUUUUUUAAAAGACAAGUGCGUAGGAAAAGAAUGAGUCAUUUAAAAGGGUGUGAAACAAACUCCUGCACACUGUCUAUCGCAGCUUAAAUUAUUAGUGACCUUUUAUUUUUUAGAAACAUUGUCAAGAAAUAAAUGUUGCGUGUGAGACAACAUGCUGAAGUUUGGUUGCGUUUUUUAAAGGCUAAUUUACUUGCUGUCAUUCAUAGCUUCGCUUUCACUGUACACAGGGUUUAAACAUGCAGUAGUACAGAGGAUUUUGAUGAGUGUCUAUGUAUGUAAAAAUGAAGUCUACCUUGUAUUUUGCUUUAGUUCACACUGGGGGUGACAGAGGAGCAGCAGGACAUGAUCCCACCCACCACUAAAUCUCUGAGACAGAGACGCUGUGGCCACUGUCUGCUGCAGGUGAGCUCUUCAACAAACCAGCACGCUUACACAUCUCUGUGUAUAGUAGUACAUACUUAUUUCAAGGGUCAGUGACUAUCUGUUGUGUAGAAAGAGGGGUUUGUUUGGCUGAAAAAACUCUUUUUUUUGCUCCUUUCACUCAUGCACUCCAGACAUUUUCUUGAUAUCUUGAGUUUUCAGGCCCCGAUAUUUUCAGGAACCUGCCUCCCACUCAUACCUUUUGGCAGGCAAUUUUCUCAGUCACAACAAUUUUCAAGAGGGGGUUGAGGGAAAAGUCCAGGUAAUACAGGUCCAGAAUUUGUCUAUGUUACAGUAGGAAAGUAGGAAAAUGGUACCAACUGGUUCCAACUUAUCUGAGUCAUCAUUUGUCUUUAUACCUGAUACUUUCACGCUUUGUUCAGUGUGCCUCAGUAAUGAUAUGACACAUUGUAAGAAGUAGUCAAUGCAAAAGAUAGCCGAGAAAGUAAUUAUAGUGGACAGAGGACAGGAGCAGUCCAACACACUGUCAUGUAUACUACUGUUGUGUUUACAAUAACAGCUCUGAAAACAGUGCAGUAUUACAUAUCAACUUACCAUAAAAUCCACUCAAUUUGUGAGACUGUCUGUUUUCUGGUUAUGAACUUUGUACGAUUCUGUGACAUUGUAGCUUUUAUAUCCCUCAGAGAAAAUCAGAGUAUUUAUAGAGACUGUUCGGACUCAAACCCUCAACAACAAAGUUAAUCUGUGAGGAUUUAUGGAUUAAUUGUAGCCAAACAGUGUUCGGUCUUUUGUUAGCGGACUAUAUUAGACAGAGGCUGUCAUCUUUGUUUCGGUCUGUCGUCGCUCUCAGGCAGAAAUGUGACUCUUGAAUUUCUUGUAGGAUCUCUCAGGUGUAUAGAAUAACAGGUGUGUUGUUGAGUUUUACAGCUCAGUGUUACACUUGAGUUUGACCCGCUAUAGGCUCAAACAGCAUGUGAUACAGGAGCGGUCAGUAUCUAUUUACAGCUCUAUACAGGGGAGUGUGUUCAGUUAUUUCCCCUCGGUCUGUAGCAUCUGAGCUGAAAAAGGAUCCUGACAUACAGCGUGUACUGAAGAGUUAUUCUCCUGUGCUUUAGCGUUAUAUGUUGCUGUGUUUCUCCUCUAACAGAUGGUUAAUGGCUUUUUUUUCCUAGCAUGUGAACUGUAGCUCAUUGAAGGUCUGCAGUCCCAGUGCGAUUCGUUUUUCCAGGCUGAUGAGAAACAGCAGCUAUUUUUUCACACCACUGAUCAAAUUCAGCUUCACAGAGCGUUAAACAGGAAAACUGGAGCUUAAAUCCAGCACAGAUACUGACCUGAGCAAAAAAAAAAAUACUGCUUUAAACACUUUUAGUGUGUGAAACAUGAAGAUGUGUGUAACAACUGUGGUAUUUGAGUGUUUUUACACAAUUGCUGUCAUUUCAUAGUCAUACCUUUUUUAGCUGCCUUGUGUGAAAUCCACUCAGCAUAGCAUACAAGCAGAGUAAAUGGAGUAUUUUUGGUUUUAAAAAGCUUUUUGUUUUCAUUUUCUGUCAUCCUAAGCAGCAGCCAAUGAGAUCCAAGCACUGCCAGACAUGUCAGCACUGUGUGCGGCGAUAUGACCAUCACUGCCCGUGGAUCGAGAACUGUGUGGGUGAGAAAAACCAUCGCUGGUUUGUCCUCUACCUGGCUGUUCAGCUGCUGGUGCUGCUGUGGGGGCUGCACAUCGCCUGGUGGGUACAACGCUGUCACUGUUUCUGUUUAUUUACGUGUGUUUUAUUUCACUGCAUCAGGAAAAUGUCAUAGAGGCGUAUGGAAGAGAUGCAUGGAGGCAGAGAGGAUUGGGCGUUGGCGGGAAAAAACAGCCCUCAUGGAGAGCAAAAGCAGGAGAAACACAGUCUACCACCAGAAUCAGAAUCAGGUUUAUAUGCCAAGGGGGUUUACAUGUACAAGGAAUUUGUGUUGGUGUUUUAUUUUUAAAGUAAUAAACACUGAAUAAUGUAGACAUUUUUAAAAAGGGUUUUAUUAAAGUAAAGAUAGAAACAUACGUGUAUAAAUUAGCAAAAAGCUUUUAUUUAAAGCAGCAUGUCAAAGAACCUAAAAUAGAAAAAAAAAUAUAUGGUGCUAUAUAAACCAAAUUAUGAACACAAUAUACACAAACUUCUAGAAGUUCUAAAUCGAACGUUUACACUGAGACACUAACCUGCUUGAUGGUGAGUCAACAAAGAAAAUCAGUGUUUAGAUUUCCUGACUUCACUGAACGCCUCAGGAAUGAUGGAUCUGACCUCCAUUUAACAAACAAACAUUUUCAGAGUUGUUUUCUUCUCGUUUUAAGGACAGACCUGACAAAACUUGACAUUUGACUAAUCUGCAUCAUAUUAUUUCAUCAAACUAAAGACCUAAAGCCUCUGUAACUUUGUACUUACAGUGAAACUCAAACUCACUUAAACAGACAAAUAGAUGCAAUUUAAUUAUUCAAGUCAUUUCCUCUUGUCUCCUCAGGACGGGGUUCAGCUUCGCGCCCACUUGGCAGCUCUGGUUGCGAACUAACGGCGUGCUGCUGACGGUGGCAGUUCUCGUGGCUCUGCUUUCGCUCAUCGUGCUGCUGCUACUUGGCUCUCACCUCUACCUGGUUUCCCUUAACACCACCACCUGGGAGUUCAUGUCCCGCCACCGCAUCUCCUACCUCAAACACUGCGGCGCUGAUGAGAACCCCUUCGACCGGGGCACCUUCCACAACCUGUGGGGCUUCUUCUGCGUGUGGGGAACAGUGGUGUGGGAGCAGGUGUACUUCAGGGAGGGAAGUGACCAGGUGUGAGAGCAAGAACUGGAACAAUCACAAAAAACUUUUCCGGAUCGGAGGAGAAUCACUUAAACAUUUGGAGAUAAACUUUUUUGUGUGUGCUGUUUACCUUUUUAGAGACAUGUACGGUGAGUAACUCUGCAACUUUUCCUUGGUUUUGCAACUAGAGUUUUUUAAGAUCACCAAAAUAACCCAAACCCUGAUUCAGAUCCUAGCUGUUUGAAUUAUAACCUCCUUUACUGACCUGUGAUUUAUAUACAAAUGUUAUUUAUACGCUUUUUCUUGCAGCCAAUCACUGCAACCUGGAUCAAAUGAGAGAUGUAAUAACCAGAAUCAAACUAUGUAUAUCAUGCUUUUUGUACAGUUUUUGUACAGUUGUUGAACCCGUAUUCGCAUCAUUUUGACUCUUGUAAAACGGCGUUGUGUUUUUAAAUCAUGCUGAUAAGGCAGUUGUUAGAUUAAAGAAGUCAGGUCCAAGUCAGAAAAUGAGGCUUCAUUCAGAGGAACAAGUUUAAUUCGGAUUGGUUGAGUUCACCGUAAAGUUCUAUGUUGUGUUGUGAAGGCUGUCCACAGAGAGUUUCUCCCUUGCAUGACCUUGCAGUGUUAAGAAAACUUAAAUCCACGCCCACCUGGCCUCACUUGGUCUCAUCCUGCCUGUUGAUUGCUGAGAGGCUGUUCAAUCUGCUUCCAGUUUCUCCUCAGCGAUGUGAUACAGUGCUGUUGAAGACUGACUUCCCAAUGUCUCUGCACUGUCAGUGUUUGCACUCAGUGUCAGACUGUCUGCAUCAUGAGAUUUGCACACCAGUUGCAAAGCUUGAUACUCUCUUCACAAGAGAAGUGUCUGUGCUGCAAGACCCCCACUAGCAGAGAGCUUUCCUGGACGAUGUUUUAAUUUUAUUCUCUCCUUUCAGUUUUUAUUUAAUUGGUUGGUUUAUCUUCCUUUCCUAAAAGAACAAGUUAUUCCCUCCAAAUUAAGAGUGUCAUCACAGAUGCCUUUAGGGAAACCUCAAAAAUCUCUCUGAGCUGACUGUUGUAAACGUCAUCUUGCAGUGAGCUUUAAAAUGGUGGAUGAAAAGGCUUAUUUUGUUUGUUUGUUUUUUGAUUGUGGCAGUCCAUGAACUAAAUGCACCUGCAACACCUGUUUUAAACAAGUGUGCUUUUUAAUAUCUAUAUUUAAACCAAGACUGGUAAUUAAAGCACAAAUUUCCAGCGCAGACAAAAAAAUACACCAGCAGAGUCAUAAACAGUGCAAUACAUGAUCUUUUUGGUGAUAUAUCUGAUUGGAACAGCUAAUACUCUGUUGAUUCUAUUGUAAUUAGUAGAUGUGAUGUGAAAGAACCAAUUGCCUAGUCUGUUUUGUUAUCGCCGUCAAUUUUUUUUCCUUCCACCUCUUCUCUUGUGGCCGAUGGAAGCCUAAAAUCUGUGCUCCAAUCCUAUGGUCACCUCUAUGAAAACAAGAUACCAGCACUAUCGCCUCUGUUCUGAAGUAACUGUUUACAAAUAUCACAAUUGUCAAAUGUUAAAAUAUAAGCUCAUUUUAAGUUUGUUACCAGCAGCAUGUUUCUAAAAAAAUAACUGUCUCUCAUUGUGUGUCAUCAGCUCUUCUUUUACCAACACUACAAACACAUAAGUGAACCCAGGAGACCAGUUCUGGAGUUUUAAAGUGAAAUGCUGUCCGAUUCUUGUCUAAUAGAGGACUGGAGCAGCUCAACAGUACAGGGUCUCAUUUGAAUUAUUUUUCAUGACAUAAUACUCCAAAUGUUUUCGAUGGGCAACAAGUCAGGACUGCAGCCAGGCCAGUUCAGCAGCAGGACUCUUCUAGUACAGAGCCAUGCUGUUGUAAUCCCUGGCUUUGAACCGUGAGCUGUUCACUUGUUGGAUGGUUCCUCUUCUCUGUAGAGCUGAGGAUACAGCAUCCACUGUUUCCAAAAAGAAUGUCUAAUUAAGAUUCUUCAGACCACAGGACAGUUUUCCUCUUCCCCUCAGUCCAUCUUAAACAGGCUCAGGUCCAGAGAAGUCUCCUGUUUUUCUGAUCAUGUUUCUCUCUGGUCUCCUCUUUGCAUGGUUCAGUUUUAACCUAAUUUAUGGAUGCAGUAAUGAACUGUGUCCAUAGACAUUGGUUUUUGAAAGUGAUUUAGAGCCCAUGCAGUGAUUUCCACAACAGAGUCCUGUCUAUUUUUAAUGCAGGGCUGCCUGAGGGCAUGAAGAUCAGGACCAUCCAGUCUUGGUUUUGGUCCUUGUCCCUUCAGUAGAGAGAUUUCUCUAGAUCCUCUGAAUCUUUCAUGAUAUUUUGUUCAGUAGAUGAUGAAAUCCACUCAUUCUUUCACAUUUGACACUCAGGAACAUUAUUCUGAAGCUGUUGAACUAGUAGCUCACACAGUCUCUCACAGAGUGGUGAACCCCUUCCCAUCUUUCUUUCUGUGACACUCAGCCUCUCUGAAUGUCCUUUUUAUACCCAGUCAUCCUACUAACCUGUUGGAAAUUAACCUCGUUAGCUGUAGAUGUUCCUCUUGCUGUUUUUUUACCCAUUACAAAACUUUUGAACAACUUUUUAGAAAUAUGUUGCUGGUUGAUCUUUGCACUAUCGUCAGUAAAAGAUAAGCUUUUGGUGAUUUGCAAAUCAUCACAUUUUGUUUUUAUCGACAUUUUUCACAGUACCCUAACUUUUUGGGAUAUCAGUGGGUGUCGAAGGACUUGAGAAGAUCAGGCAAAAUGUCUGAAGGCUGUAGCUGCAAACGUUUUUAGAGAGAACAUUUAUCAGUCAGAAAUCGGGUAGUUAUUUGUGUUUGGCUGAAUUUUGUCCUUAUUCAGACUCUGAUUGUGUCUGACUGCUGGAGUAUAACAAAUCCCUGAGAUAUUAUCAGUCCUGUCUUCAGGCUCUUUACUGUCCCACUUAAAGGCUCGAACCGAAGCGAGUCAUAAAAACUGUCGACUCAGACUGACCCUCAUUCCUGCACUCUACACUGGAUCAUUUAUGUGGGUAGUAAUUAUGAAAAACUCCUCCAUCAUGAUUCCUGGUCUUACCCAACCUGAGUGAUUAGUAUUUAAAGAGGCACAUCUACUAUUUUUAACUUGAGCCCUUUUUAAGCCAAUUGUUAGGAGGAAUUUGGAGUUUUUAAUAUGCUCCUAAAGCCUACAGCAGCUAAGCAGGCUUUAAUACCGACAACAUACUCUUCAACAAAAAGCUUCAUUUCUGCAGGAAUCCUUCACCAGCCUUUACAGCCCAUUUUGCUGCUGCAGGCUGAAUCGCUCUGCUGAAAACUGUUCGCACAUUGUAAUCAUUUGAACCCUGAAAGUAAACCUGGUUAAAAAUCCUCUUAAAGGCUGUGUUUAAAGGGGGUCUUUUCCUCAAUGUGACUCACAAUGAAGCAGAGUAUCAGACUGUUAAUGAGCCCUGAAGUUUACUUUGAGCACUAAUAUCAUGUUUCAGGUGCAUGUGGAGGUCUGACAUGAUUUUUAUGGUUUGAUCUCAUUCACUCACUGAGAUCUGUUUCUGAUUCAUGACUUUUAUUGUAAAGUUUGUGUGAUAAUCUGCUGCAUUUAAAGACUUUUUUUAGAGUUUGAUUUCUUAAACAGCUUCUCCUCAAGAACAAGUUGUUUGUUGAAGUGGGCGUGAAACUACAAUCAUGUUUUUGCAAAUAUUUGAACGUGCAUAUUUUAAAAUUUUGUGUUGUUUUUUUUUUUCGUUUGUUGUAUUUAAUCCAGCUAUUAUGUACAGGAUGUGUUGAAUUUAUGAAACAGCAUUUAAAGCUAUUUUAUAUGACUGUAAAUAAUUGAAACUAUUUCAAACCAGGAGUUGUCUUGAGCUAUUUUGUAUGACUGUUAAAACAGAACAACUGAAAGACCUGUUGAUGUGAGAUUUGAGUGCAAUACAUGGUUUGGUUCCAUUUAAAGUGUUUCCGCAAUUGUUGAGACACAAUCCUUUCAACCUCUAAACCAAGUUUUCAAACUACAUUCACAAACCUCUGCAGACGCAGACAGUGACCACUGACAUUACCAUUUGGUUGGAGGACAGGAUUUUGUUUCAGCAAUUGUAAAAAAAAAAGAACUUUUUUCCUUCUUGUGCAAUAGUAACCCAGCAAUAAAUGUGAUGUUGAAUUUCCUGUACAGCUGAUUGUGAGAGCUCUGGAUUCUAUGAUUUCCUUCAUUCAUGUUGUGUACUUCUCAAUUAUAUGCAAUACUGUCAUGCAAUGUUUUUUACUUCUUUGAACUGACUGUACACACUAACAAGUUCAAAUAAAUGUUUCAUGAAGAA